AUGGAAGGCUGGAAAACUCUACAAAGCGGUUUCGCUAAUCUGAACCUCGGUCAAAGCGCGAAUAAAUUCACGAAGGGCUUUCAGUCAAGCGUUCAGGCUACUAAGGAAAGACUUGGCCAGGUUUCUCAGGAUGAAAUUACUGAGCUGCCUCAAGAGUAUAAGGAUCUUGAAGCUCGAGUAGAUGCUCUCAGAAAUGCACACCUUGCAAUGUUGAAAAUCACAAAGGUAUAUGAAACCGAGGCCUACGAUUACCCUGUACAAAUCCAGGAAUCUAUUUCCGAGCUCUCCAAUACCAUCGGCACUGGUUUCCAGCACUUUGCUGCCACUAACCUGAAAGGCACUCCUCUUUCUCCCGGUGCCGCUCCUACUCGCCCUCCCCUUGAGACUCCGCACAAAACCCUUCCUCAUGCUCUCACUCGCGCCUCUCACACGGCCUCACAACUGCUCAUUUCAACUCCGGCUGGAGACUCCAGUAAACUCGGUAAAGCGCUUGCUAUGUAUGCUCAGGCAAAUGAAACUAUUUCCAACGCCCGUAUUCAUCAUGAUAACGCCGUCCAGGAGGGGUAUCUUCACCCUUGGCAGACGACGUUGAGCACCAGCAUCAAUGUUGCUAUGAAGGCCAGGCAGGCAGUCCGGACGAGUAGGUUGGAGUUGGAUGCGGCUAAGCAAGGCCUCAAGACCGCAUCUCCCGCCCGUCAAGAGCAAGCUCGUCUGGAAGUCGAGAACGCCGAGGAUGACCUUGUUCAGAAGACUGAGGUAGCGAUAACCUUAAUGAAGACCGUUUUGGAAAAUCCUGAACCUCUCAAGAAUUUGAACGAGCUCGUCAAAGCCCAGCUCGUUUUCUUCAGUACUGCUGCGGAAGCCUUGUCCGGUGUCCAGGGUGAGAUCGAAGAGCUCAGCGUCGCUGCCGAGGGCGAAUAUAGAAAGUCCCGCGACCACUGA